AUGUGCAUACGUAAUUCCAGAGUAGCUGAGAGCCUGAGAUCGAACUUAUUCCACGGAGAACUAACGCCGUUACUUAUAAAUGACGAUGAUUUGACGCCGGUGGACCCCACAGCACUUCGUAUGGAAAUCGGUCACCACUUCCUUGCAUAUAUUCGUGGGGCUCACAAGUCACAGCCUCGUUUGGAAACUGAACACCGCACUUACAUAAUUAAUACUGUUAUCUUUGAAUCUGAUUGGGAUAGAUCCAUUUCACGACGCCUCCUUCUCGUCGAUUCUGCAUCUGCCCACCACCGGCGAUCUGCUCCACAGCCAACCUCCAUCGACGGUCUCCUGACUGUUCAUCAGGUUGCAGCCGUUUGGUCCACAUCUUUUGCUGCAGAGGAUCCGACCCAUAUCUACUUUUCUCCAUACAUAAUUUCAUAUCUACGAUGCUCCUAUAUAUCUCCCAUUUCAUCUCAAUCAGCUAUCAUGGAGGUCGGGAUAGAGAUUGAACCCUGCAAAAUCUGCCUUGCAAAGUCUGUCUACCAGAUAUGCUUCUAUUUGUUUACUAAGCAUCUUUAUCAUUUGGAGCAUUGAAGCAUCUGAACACUUUACAUGAUUCUAUUAUUCCCAAAGGUUUUCUGGUCUAGAAAUGGUGAAGAAGACUAGGUGGGGAAGAAGACGAAAUGGGGCUAUUUGAAGACCAGAUUGAGUUCAAUUCAUGUAGGUAUAAUGCAUCUAAAAACCGAUGGUGGCGAUCUCCGAACAAAUCUUAUAUUGCA